UGUCUUUGGGCCAGAGCAGGUCACAGCUCAAGCUGAUCUAAAACAUGCACUCCUUCAUUCACCAGCCCUCCGACCCAUUGACUAUCGUUCCCCUGCCCCCGUCAUUCUCUCAGUCGACACCUCCUACAUCGCAGUUGGGUUCCUCCUCGCACAAUGCGAUCCCGAGCUCCUGUCACGCCGCUUCUAUGCCAGAUUUGGCUCCAUUACCUUGAACGACCGCGAGUCCCGUUUUUCA